AUGGGCGUGGACGCGGAGGCGCUGGCGCAGCUGGCGGCCACGGGCCUGGCGGGCAUCUUCGCGGGGGCGUCCACGUACAUCAGCGUGGCGCAGCACCCAGCGCUCAUGGAGACGGACGCGCUGGUCUUCCAGGCGCCCUUCUUCCGGCGCAUGUACUUCUACGCGGCCCGCAUGCAGGGACCAGUGGCGGUGGGCAGCGGCCUCAGCGCGCUGCUCGUGUCGCUGCUGCAGCGGCAGCGAGGGCCGCACGCCGGAAUGCCGCGACUCUGGCUGGCCAGCGGCUGCCUCAUCGGCGGCAUCGUGCCCUUCACGGUGCUCAAGAUGCUGGCGCUCAACUACAAGCUCGUGGACUCCAAGCGCUGCGUACACCGCGGCCAGUCGUGGAUGCAGGAGAUGCUGCGGAGAUGGGGCAAGCUGCACGCCGUGCGCGCAGGCGCCAGCGUGCUCGCGUUUUCCGGGAUGCUGGUAGCUAUGGCCUGCGGUGGGGAUCGGACGCCGGCACCAGCGCUCAAGGCUUCGUAG